AUGGACAAAGAAAGCACGACCCAGCAACAAUACGAGCCGGUGGCUGAGAUCGGCGAAGGUGCCUACGGAAAGGUGUACAAAGCACGGGAUUUGAAGAACGGGGGACGAUUCGUUGCCCUGAAAAGAGUUCGGGUGCAGACGGAGGAAGAGGGAAUGCCCCUCUCUACCAUCCGCGAGGUGGCGGUACUGAGGCAACUGGAGUCCUUUGAGCAUCCCAAUGUGGUCAGGUUGUUCGACGUAUGCACAGUUUCCAGGAGUGAUCGGGAAACCAAACUUACUUUGGUUUUUGAACAUGUGGACCAAGAUCUAACUACAUAUUUGGAGAAAGCACCUGAUCCAGGAGUGCCACCUGAAACUAUAAAGGAUAUGAUGUACCAGCUGCUGCAGGGUCUGGAUUUCCUCCACUCCCACCGCGUGGUCCACAGAGAUCUUAAACCUCAGAACAUUCUAGUCACCAGCGGAGGACAGAUCAAGCUGGCUGAUUUUGGUCUGGCGCGCAUCUACAGCUUUCAGAUGGCUCUUACUUCAGUAGUCGUCACGUUGUGGUAUCGAGCUCCAGAGGUGCUGCUUCAGUCCAGCUACGCGACUCCCGUUGAUCUGUGGAGUGUCGGCUGUAUCUUUGCCGAGAUGUUCAGACGACGCCCUCUUUUCCGUGGCAAUUCUGAUGUUGACCAGUUAGGCAAGAUUUUUGACGUGGUAGGUGUCCCUUCUCCAGAAGACUGGCCUCAAGAGGUGGGCCUGCCCCAAAGUGCCUUUUCCCCUCGCCCUCCACAGCCCAUAGAGGACCUGGUGCCUGACAUGGAUGAGCUGGGCAAAUCACUUUUACUCCGUUUUCUGUCCUUUAACCCCUCCAGACGGAUAUCAGCUUAUGAUGCACUGUCUCACCCAUACUUCCAGAGUCUAGACAGCACCAGCAAGAGUCUGUAUGCUCAACCCUUCCCCAGCAAAAAUCCCUAGGAGAGAGCUGCUUAAAGACACUGACUUCAAUUUUAGACACUGGGCUCAAGACCCAUAUUGUCUUCCAUAGCACAACAUCACAUGCUGCUUUCAGGUCUCAAUAAAUUUAUCAUCGGUUGAUCCUCUCACUACUGCCAGCUAAUACAAACCAACAACAGAUAAACAUGCUGCCUGGAAUAACGUUUGAGGCAUCACAAUACUGCCAGGGAUCGUCCGUCUGUUUGCACGAACGUGAUUGACACACCGCUCUGUAUUGAGUCUUAGCUGCACAUCACUGCCAGGAUACAGCAUUGCCUUAUGUGAGCUAGAGGUCUUCACGGGUCCACUCAGAUCCGAAUACCCGAGUUAAACCCGAAGGAGUUCGGGUCUAACAAUUUGUGUAUAAUAUUAGCGGUCUCGGGUAAUUAAAAUUUUGGGUGCAUUUCUUUGGACCUGAGAAGACCUCUAAUGUAAGCUCAUUUCAGUCUUUGAUAUCACAAACAAGCACCGCAACUACUGCAAAUUUUGGGCCCGUUGAACGGAACCCUUAUAUUUUACACGUUUAAAUACUCCUUUUUUUUUAUGUUCACGCUUGGUAUCAGGCUUGAGGGAACUGUUUCGAGACUGAGGAUACGCCUCCUUUGAUGACUGCAUAACCAAGGACACGCAGGAUCACUUAGUGUCCGAUUGGUAAUUGCAUUUCACUUUUUACGGCCUUACAAGUGUCCUUGAGCAUCCUGCCGUGUUCACUAUUGAAUCAGCUGGGAUGGAGCUACCAGACGCUUCGAGUACUAUUUAACAACACAUUUCCUUAUGUUAUUCCAUGUGUAUUUUUUUUUUUUCAUUUUUUACAUCCUGUUCACCUAUUUUAUUAUGUCAGUGUUGAUUGUUGAUCUUUUUGGCAUGUAUGUCUUAAUUUUAGUGAACUUGAAGGUGUAGGUUGUUGUGUAGAGAGCUAAAUAUUAUCGACUCGUACCAAACAGUCUACACCCUGGAUUAGUGCCGAGACCGACGUAGUAGAAGGUUGACCCGCACCCGGGUUGCAUGUUGAUUUUAGGUGGAAACAAAAAUUAAUGUAUGAAAGUGUAGGUAUGAUGAGUAGAAAUACAGGUAGAAAAGUCUAGUGAAAGUAGUUAAAGGUUUGUUUAAGAGUAUUGGAGAGCGUAUAUUAUUCAUGUUAUUGAUCGAUGGAGUUAUUUUAUACGCAUUACAACUUUCAAAUAUCCAUUUCACUGAAUUGUAAAUGCGUGAUCACAAUAUAUGUGGUAAGCGAUUGCCUAUUCAUGCUUUUCAUUUUAAGUGUGUGACGUGAAAAGACGGAGGGAUGGAAGGACAGGCGCUGCUUCUGAAUUUAGGUUUAGAUUGGACGUCUGUUUUAUAGGCAGGCACUGUAUUACAAUUUUACAAUGAAAGGUUCAUACAGUUAAGCACUGAUGCUUGAUUCAUACUCUCAGGAUCAGUAUACUCAUUCUGUCACAUUCCAUACUCAGGUCUAUUUAUGACAAUAGUUUUAGUUUCAACAAUGGUUCGGGUUUUAUCUUAACCGUUAAUCGAACAGUAAAACAUGGUCUCAGCUUUCCGUUGUCUUGAUUUCAAGUUUAGCAGAAUAACUGUUGGGUUAGUUGUGUCAUCCUUCACUCACAUUUCCUUAACUUCACAUUGUAUUGAAAACAUUUUGGACGGGAUAAUAAAAUAAAUGCGGUCAUUUCACAAUUUAUUUUUUAUUUAUAUAAUAUUAUUAUUAUUAUUAAUAUUAUGUAUUAGAUCACUGUUUGUACUGUUAACAUUUUUACAAAUACUCUCUGAUUCCCGAUCAGUUGUUCAUAUUCCGAGUAAACUAUAUGUGCGUACAAUAUAAUUCACAAAAAUUAUUAUUGGUGGAUGACACCAUCGUCGUCAAAACCUCCACCGAACCGACAUGGUGUGGUUUCAUGCUCCUCCAAUGUGUCUUUGAUUGGGUUUGGUGUUUUCAGAGGGCAUUAGAUAUUGAUCAGUGUAAACCAGUAUAACUUUUUGUAUGUGGGUCUUGUAUAAAACUAAUCUGUUUUUGAGCUUGGUUAGUCCAGUGAAUAAUUCAUAGUGUUUUAAAUGUGUUAAAUGUUAGGCUUACGAAUGUAUCUUAAUAGUGAUUUGGCAUGAUGUGUGCUUAUCAUGCUGAAAAAAAAACAGCACCUUGGAUAUGCCCAUCUCAGUGCUUUUCCCCAUAAAAUGUUUUUUUUUUGUAAACUGUUGUGGUUUUAUUACAUUUAUGUUUAACAACUUUUGCUAUUGUUAAAUGGGUUUAGUUAGUGAUUUUUAUAACUCGUUUGAAUAAUGUAAUCAGAUCAUUUAAGUUACUUUUCAAACUGAGUGAAAUUGCUGGACAUUGGUACAUAUGAUGUUUUGCUCCCUACUACAAUUUCCUCUACAGUUUUAUUCAAUUUGUUCUUAUUUAUUGACAUUUUGUCUUGCAUUCUGUAAUUUGUAAUCUAAAUUGUAUCUAAUUGAACAGUGAUGAGCUAAUGGUGCUAAAGCCACGUGUAUCACUGCAGACUUGAACAAUUAUAAUCAGUUAGGCAAAAUUGUUCCCAGCAGAACAGUAACAAAAAUGUCUUUUAAAACAUUUUCAAUAUUUUAUUGUAUUUUGUCGUAUGGUUUUAUUUCAGCUUUAAUGGUUUAGCAGUAAAACAUAAGAUAUAAUUUAUCCCGGACAGAAAAUGCUCAAAACUUGCAAAGCUGGAAAGUUUUAUAAAAUAAUUCUCAAUAAUGUAAUUCACAAUGAAAGACAUUUUCUAAUCAAUGUGCACAAAUGUUUUAUCAUCGAGCUGCUGCACAGACACUGUAUGAAAUAAAUUAUUCUCAUUACAUAAGACUCCUAAAUGCUGUUUUAUUAGCAGCUUAAAAAUAAUAGCAUAUUAUUUUUUUUAAAACCAACCGUUGUAUCACUUUAGAGUGCUGCAUGAUAUGUUUUUGGUUCAUUCUACAAAGUAAAAAAUUCAGCAAACGUCAUUUUGUAAUCAUAUUUAUCCUAUAUUUCUUAUGUUUUGUCUUUCUUUUAAGGAUUCAUAUAAUCGUUUAAGAAAAAUAAUUAUUUUAAAAUCUUUUACCUGUGCACAUUGAUUAGAAGUUUAACGUUUUGUUCAGGGUUUUUAUUUUUUUUGUGGUGUGUAUUGUUAUGUUUAUAUUUUUCCUUUUCCACAUUGGCUGGCUAGAAAUGAAAAAGUAUCGAAUAUUAUAUUUUAGCUUUCAUGCUGUCAGCUUUUAGUAAAAUGCUUUUGUUAUGGGGAUAAAGAAAUGCAUCAAGAACUUUUGUCUUUAUCAGUGCUUUAAUUCAAAUUUUCUUUCUAUGUACGUAAUUUAGAGUUAAAAUCAUUUUGCCUUUUUUUGCAAGUAAGGAUUAAGGUCACAGUGUGUACUAUCAUCUGUAUGUGACAAAUCUUUUGUAAAAAAAGUCUUGUCUGGUUGAUUUAAGUCUUGAAUAGUCUAUUAAUUAUGGUUUUUCAUGUUUAAAGUAGAAUGUGAUGCCUUUUAAAAUGAAAUACUGAAGUUAAUUUCUUUUAAGCUAUGUUCGUAUGUUAAAACAGCACAUUUAUUGAAUUUAAGGUUUUUAUUGCUAAAUUCAGUUAAUUUAGCUCCUUUGUAAGAAUUGUAAAAUUUUGCAAGAACCAAACUGAUAUGAAAAUGUUGGUCACAGUGCCCUUUUUAUAUGACCAUGUUAGUUAGUUUGUUUGUUUGUUUGUUCGUUCGUUCAAAGAAGUGUGAAUGAUGUAUGGUAGUGUUUUGUUUUCUGUGGACUCGUUUUGCUGCUAAAGUUUGUCUUAGGCUCUGGCUCCUGUAUGUUUUGUAUUGAACUGGCCCACCUAAAGAUGAUUCCAAUUUGCCAUUGAGAAAAGCUGCUUCUGCCUUUUUGUAUCUGCCUGACGUUUUCAUAUUUUUGUAAAAUAAAUAUUACAGUGUGUAAAA